AUGAUUGCGACGUGAGAUGUUGGCACCUCUGACUGUGUCAACAUAACCCAACAAAAAAUGUUCUUAGUCCGAAAUUUAAAACAGUUUUCAACGUUUAAUAAACGUUGUUGCGUGUAUUUCACCAAAGUUUCGUAUUCUAAUGCACAUUCAAAGUUUGUCACCCCAAAGAGCCAAGCCAAACAAAUCGGCCCUUUGGGUUGGUUCCUCCUGGUCAUCCCAGCCUCAACUUUCGCACUUGGGACAUGGCAAGUGCAACGUAAAAAAUGGAAAGAGGAUUUAAUCGCAAAAUUACAUAACUUGACUGAGGCUGAUCCCGUGCAAUUACCAACCGAUUUAAAUGAGUUGGAAAAGUUGGAAUAUCGGCCGGUUCACGUCCGGGGCGAGUUUCUCCACGACAAAGAGUUAUAUUUAGGCCCCAGAACUUUAAUUUUAAAAGGCGAUUCGGCAACUAAAAGUCAACUCAUGUCGACCACAACAAAGCAAAACCAGGGUUUUUUAGUCAUUACACCGUUUAAAUUAGCUGAUCGGAAUGAAACGAUUUUAAUAAAUCGGGGUUGGGUACCUUCCAAGUGCAAAAAUCCAGCGACAAGGGACAAGGGACAGGUGAAGGGGGUUGUUGAUGUUGUUGGUAUAGUACGUCUUCAGGAAAAUCGCCCCACUUUCAUACCAAAAAACCAGGAAGGCAGCAACCAAUGGUUUUAUCGCGAUUUGAAUCAAAUGGCCAAGGUUACAGGAGCGCUUCCUGUGCUUCUGGAAGCCACUACUGAUUUUGAUACUUCUGAGGGCCCCAUUGGGGGGCAAACUCGGGUCACUUUACGCAACGAACACUUGUCAUAUAUUCUCACGUGGUAUAGUUUAAGCGCAGCGACGUCUUACCUGUGGUACAAACAAUUCUUAAGUCGGGUUAAAUAAAUGUGAAAAAUUC